CGUACUCUCCCCCUCCCCCGCUCCGAGACUUGUGUGCGAUGUCUGGGCUUGAGAGUGGCUUUUAAAGAUGGCCGGAGCGGCUCCAGUGUACUGUGUGUGCCGGCAGCCGUAUGAUGUGAGCCGCUUUAUGAUCGAGUGUGACAUCUGCAAGGACUGGUUCCACAGCAGUUGUGUCAAAGUCGAGGAGCAUCAAGCAGCCGAUAUUGACCUGUAUCAUUGUCCCAACUGUGAAGUUCUUCAUGGACCGUCACAAUUAAAGAAGAGACGGAACUGGCACAGACAUGACUACACAGAGUCUGACGAUGGUACGAAGCCGGUCCAAGCGGGAACAAGGACUUUUAUACAGCAGCUACAGGCACGGUCAUUCCCAAGCGCUGAUGAUCUCCUCCUGAAAAUGAAUGGAAGUCAGCUGACACAGAGGUACCUGGAGAAACAAGGCUUCAACCUUCCCAUUAUGGUGCCCAGGCUGGACGACUUGGGCCUCAGGCUGCCGCCUCCUACAUUCUCAGUGAUGGAUGUGGAGCGAUAUGUGGGUGGCGAAAAGAUCAUCGACGUCAUCGACGUGGCGAGGCAAGCGGACAGCAAGAUGAAGCUGAAAAAUUUCAUCAAGUAUUUCACCAACCCCGACCGCCCCAAAGUAUUAAACGUCAUCAGCCUGGAAUUCUCCGACACCAAGAUGGCGGAUCUGGUGAAGGUGCCGGACAUCAGCAAGAAACUGUCUUGGGUGGAAAACUACUGGCCCGAUGAUUCGCUCUUCACCAAGCCCUUUGUCCAAAAGUAUUGCCUGAUGGGGGUCAAGGACAGUUACACAGACUUCCACAUAGAUUUUGGAGGCACUUCUGUCUGGUAUCAUGUCCUGUGGGGGGAGAAGGUUUUCUACUUGAUCAAGCCCUCCGAAGAAAACCUGGCACUGUAUGAAUCCUGGAGCUCUUCCAUUACCCAAAGCGAGGAGUUUUUCGGGGACAAAGUGGACAAAUGCUACAAGUGUGUCGUCAAACAAGGGCACACACUGUUUGUCCCGACAGGUUGGAUCCACGCUGUUCUCACGUCUCAGGACUGCAUGGCCUUUGGUGGGAACUUUCUGCACAAUCUAAACAUUGGCAUGCAACUCAGGUGUUACGAGAUGGAAAAAAGGUUGAAGACACCUGAUCUCUUCAAGUUUCCUUUUUUCGAGGCAAUUUGCUGGUUUGUGGCCAAAAAUCUCCUGGAAACCUUGAAAGAACUAAGAGAAGAUGGAUUCCAUCCUCCAAACUACUUAAAGCACGGGGUGAAAGCACUUAUUUCUGCUCUGAAGAGCUGGAUGAAGAAAGAGUCGGUAGCAGAGCACGCGUUCGAAAUCCCAGAUAACAUCAGACCUGGGCAUCUCGUUAAAGAGCUUUCAAAAGUUAUUCGCUCGGUCGAGGAGGAGGGGAACAAGCCGGUCAAAUCUCAGGGAAUUCAUGGCCUCUGCCCGGUCUCCCGGCCCUCGGACGAGAAACCCUCGCAUCAUCCCGGGCGGAAAGCGCGGCGACUUCGAGACCAUUCCACCAAAACCCCCUCCAACCUCGACAUCCUAGAGCAUCAUACGCGGGAGGUCCUGAAAAGGCUUGAAAUGUCCCCGUGGGAAGAGGACGCGGAAACCUAUAAACUGAAUAUGAGAUUCAAUAAGCCCCUGCAGCCGUCCUCAACAGUGCCUGAGCCGAAAGUGAGGGACAAUGGCAUCCGCCUUCUGCUCUCCAAUGGGAGGAUUAUCCGAGAUGAAAGGCAGACGUUUACUGACCGGAGCCUCUACACGGCGGACAGCGAAGAUGAGGACGACCGGACGAGGUGGAGGAAGGACAUUAAGCAGGAGAAGCCGUGCUCCACGUCGGGGAUGGAGGAUAAAGCGGAAACACAGAAACCACUUAACAUGUUCUUUGAAAGUGUCAAGUCGGAGCUCAGGAACGGAUCCUCCGAAUAUUCCGAUAUUUCUGAUUCCGAGGGAUCCGAAGACAAUUGCACUAACCAGCAGAAACACUUCUCCGAGGAAUCGGAAAGCUCAGGUGAUGAUGAUGAUGAUGAGGAGGAGGAGCGGCAGGAACCCAUUCGUAACCUUAAAGAGGAACACAGUGGGAGAAGAUUGCCCUGUGAUCCUAAUUUCCAAUGGUCUGAUGACGAUUCUCCCCAGAAAAGUGAAUGUCCUACCUCGACCAGCAUGGAGCAAGAAGUUGUACAAGGAAUGCUCUCCAUGUCUGCAUUGCACUACCCCACCGCAAAGAGCACAGACUGCAAGACUAGGGGGGGUUACCCCCAACUGCACAUCAACGUCUCCCAGGGAAACAGUGAGAAGCAUCUGGAUUCCCACAGCCCGAAAGCAGCAAGUGGUCCCCACGUGAAAGACGAAGAACUGUCCCCUCUGGACUGGAUGCGGCAACCGGAUGCUUCCUGCAGAACAAGCCCUCAGGAUUCACACAACCUUCCGAAAUCUUUGCGGAGAGAACUUGCGCACGAGGACUACGAGAAGUCGCCGAAGGACCAGCGCUACUUAGAGAUCGGCUGCUGGGACUCCGCGGAUAAAUACGAGUCGAGCUCGAGUUCCGGCGAAUGUCACCUGAGCGACGGCAGCCUCAGUCCUACGAUGAUCUACGGGGACCCCUCGACGGCCCUGCCCUUGCACCCCACAAAGAGACCCGCCUCCAACCCUCCUCCUAUCAGCAACCAGGCAACUAAAGGCAAACGGCCAAAGAAGGGCAUGGCGACGGCGAAGCAACGCCUCGGCAAAAUCUUGAAGCUCAACCGCAAUGGCCACGCCCGCUUCUUUGUCUAACACCCAGCCCCCGCAUAUUCCCGCGCAUAACAGUAUUGGGGCGACCCGAGGCCUGGAGCUUCUUCCCGUCGCCCGACUCCGCUGAACUGAAACACUCACCCCACCAAGCGCCGCCGCAAGAACAAAGAUGUCCGCUCUUACACUGUGCCACGCCCACUCAGCAAUAACCAGAGGACUCUGGAUUCAGGUUUCUGGUUUUCGGGGAGGGGGGCGCCCCAUUGACUCCGAUGGCUCCAUCAGCAGGGGCGGGGGAGGACUAUGGUCUUCAAUAAUUUAUUAGUCAGAUUUCUAAUUUUUUUUUUUAAAUAUUUAUUUAAAAUUUUUUUGUUUGGUUUUUUUUUUUUUUAGAUUUUAAGCAAUGUGAAAGUUUUUAUUUUAUUUAGUUGGGGGUUUUAAUAUCUUAUGUGCGUGGUGUGAGGCAAAACCACAGACGUGAAGAAAGAGGGGGGUACCAUUUAACUUUUUAAUUCAGGUUGUAGUCUUAAACAGGGAUUUAAUGUGUUUUUUUUGUAAUUAUUUUUAAAUUAAUACGAAAUCCAUAUUUUUAUUUUUGCUAUCGUUGAUGGGUUUUUGUUUUUUUGUGCUGAUUUAAUUUGAUUCUUGAUAAGCUGUCGGCUCGGUGGCAGCCGGGUGUUGGUCAACACUGUAUUCUGGUUUAUUAUAGGGGAGGGCGGGGCUUAACGGACGCCACGUAGAUCUUCCUGGAAGACGCAAGGGCUACGCCAUCUUGCCACGGGUUUCUUUUAUUACCAUUUGGCAUAAGGAUUUGUGAGUUUUUUUGGGGAGCAUUGCAGGUUCUAUGAUUUGUGUUGGUGCUAUGAAACAAAGGGGAAGUUGAACACAAUUCGCGAUUUUAAAACUCGUCUCCAAAGAGAAGAAACGACGAUACACUAACGACUUUAAAGGCUUCGUUUAUAUAAAUGUAUCUUUUUUUUCUUUUUGGAAAAGCUUUAAAGACGCAGCAGCCUUUUUUUUUUUCUUUUUAUACCAACUAACGAGGAUCUCAGGGUAAUUAAUUGGGAGCAUGGCGGAACGGAGCCAUUUGUGUGUUUAUAUUAUUAUUAUUACAUAGGAUACCUGCAGUCCUAUCACAACGACCCAUCAUUCUUCCAUCCAGCUCGCGGCUCAAACAAGAAAAACGGGGCGACGCCCACCAGAUUUUGAGCCUUUUUCUCACCAUUUCUCUCUCUUGUAUUUUUUAUUUGUUAAUUAAUUUCCAUGUUUUGUUGUUUCCCUUUUAUUUCUGUACGUGUGUGUGCCCACUCAGUCACACAUCUCUGUGCCAGUUUCUGCCAGUUGAAACACAUGCCAGUUUCGAUUCCCCUUGUACAUAAAGCUGAUUUUAGAUUUUUUUGUAUUUUCUGUAAUAUAAAAUUAAAUAUUUAACGCAC